AUGGAGGUUAAUCGCGACCCCGAGAAAGCGAUGUAUCCGGCGAACACGAUCGUCAAGCUUCUACAGUUAGAAGAUCUCGAGUACGCUCUCAUCGGUCGCCCUAGUGCCGGUCUUUCUAUCGAACAGCGUAAGCGUCUCACAAUUAGUGUUAAGCUCGUAGCUAAGCCUAGUAUUCUGAUCUUCCUCGACGAACCUACUUCUAGUCUCGAUAGCCAAGCUGCAAAUAACACGGUACGCUUCUUACGCAAACUCGCGGAAGUCGGAUAA